AUGUGUAAUGCGAAUCAAACCAGGCGUGCAUCUGAUGCGGAUGGCCCUUUCACAAUGAAAUACGUUGGGCCUGCUGACUUAGAAGCAGCUUUACUAGGAGCCUUCAAUAAAUACAUAAAUUUGACAGCUGCUAAGACUCCAACCACACAUACAGGGGCUAAGAAGAAUAAGGGGACUGGGUUGAAACAAAAUGAACCAGCACAUGCAUUCACCGACACAAUAAAAGACUCGAGUAAGGAUAUUUCCCUCAUAUCUGCUGCAGAAGAUUGCAGAACACUCUAUGUCGGCAAUGUAAGUACAGAGUCAUCAUCAGAAAAGAUCAAGUAA